AUGAGGAACAUCGAUAAGACAGGUCUACCAGGGAAAUUAAAGGCAUGGAUAUACCAACAUGGACUCCUGCCAAGGAUAUCAUGGCCACUUAUGUUGUACGAAAUUACAUUAUCAACAGUUGAGAAGCUUGAAAGAACCAUCAACAGACAUCUAAGGAAAUGGUUAGGUGUCCCUCCAAGUUUUACAACUGUAGGACUGUACAGCAGGACCGCAAAGUUGCAGCUCCCAUUAACAUCUAUAGUGGAAGAAUUCAAAGUAUGCAAAACUCGCCUUGUAAUGACAUUGAAAGAAUCAAAAGACGACAAAGUAAGAACAGCAGGUGUCCAAGUAAGAACAGGGCGACAGUGGUCAGCAUCAAAAGCAGUUUCAGAGGCAGAGAGUAGAUUAAGGCACAAAGAUAUCAUAGGAACGGUGGCAGUAGGAAGACAGGGCCUUGGAACAUCAAAAAGUUGCUACUGGAAAAACGCUAACACCAAAGAAAGACGAAGUCUAGUUCAAAGAGAGGUAAAAUCUAGAGAAGAAGAGAACAGACAAGCAAAGACAGUAGAAUUAGGGUGCCAAGGCGCAUGGUCAAGAUGGGAUUUAGAACAACGAUCCCUCACAUGGUGGAAACUAUCAGAAACACCAGAUAGUCCCUUGUGCGGAAAUAGAGGAACACUUCAUCGUGUACUUUCAGGAUGCAAUAUCGCUCUCACACCGGGGAGAUAUACAUGGCGACACAACCAAGUACUCAGGGAACUUGCUGAAGUGAUAGAGAAACAGAGGAGGGAUGCAAAACAAACUAAGAACAAACCUAUUAAAAUCCAGUUUGUGAAGGAGGGGGAACUAGGCCAGAAAAGUAAACAGAACACAUCAGGAAUGUUAAAUCAGGCUAAAGACUGGCAGCUAGAAGUAGAUCUAGGGAAAAAGCUGCAAUUUCCGGACAUUGUACCAACCAACCUAAGACCAAACAUGGUUCUAUGGUCUUCUGGCAGUAAAAAGGUUAUGAUAAUUGAGCUGACUGUUCACUGGGAGGAGAGAUGUGGCGAAGCCAAUGAAAGAAAGAGGGCAAAGUAUGACGAACUAUUGGCAGAAUGUAGAGACAAAGGAUGGCAGACAUGGAACUUUCCUGUUGAGGUUGGCUGCAGAGGCUUCCCUGCACAGUCAGUGUGGCGGUUGUUUUCUGCAGUAGGAGUGACUGGCCGGCAAAGAAGAACAGCAAUACAGAAACUAUGCCAAGCAGCAGAGAAAGCGUCUUGCUGGAUAUGGAUGAAGAGAGACAGUAGUAGCUGGAAACCCACCACCAAUGCGCAGUGA